ACACGUGCCCGUGUACGUGCGCGUCCUCACUGUUGAACGGACGUAAUGAGCAACGUGCGCGUGAACGCUCCUGAGCGACAAGAUGGCGGCGUCCGCCGGAUCAGGCGUCAAAGUUCCUCGUAACUUCCGUCUGCUGGAGGAGCUGGAGGAGGGGCAGAAGGGUGUGGGCGAUGGGACGGUGAGCUGGGGUUUAGAGGACGAUGACGACAUGACCCUCACCCGCUGGAGAGGGAUGAUCAUCGGGCCGCCCAGGACGAUUUACGAGAACAGGAUAUACAGCCUGAGGGUGGAGUGCGGACCUCGGUACCCGGAAACUCCGCCUCUCGUCAGAUUCGUCACCAAAAUCAACCUGAAUGGCGUCCACAAUUCCAACGGCUUGGUGGACAUGCGUGCCGUGUCGUCUCUAGCCAAGUGGCAGAACUCCUACAGCAUCCGUGUGGUUCUGCAGGAGCUGCGCAGACUCAUGAUGUGCAAAGAGAACAUGAAGCUGCCACAGCCACCCGAGGGCCAAAUCUACAGCAUCUGAACCACACACAAACACACAGUCCACAUUCAUACACGUUUCCAAGACUCUCAUCAUUCCCUUAUUUUAUAUUACGAAACUUCCCCUUUCCCAUUUCAACAAAGUAGCCAAUUAGCAGUUCCCAUUACACAGAAAAUCGUGGAUGAUUCGUUAUGACGCAUCAUACAGAUCCUCUUACUGAUCGUCUUGGUCUUUUUUUUUUUUUUUUUUUUUUUUUUUUUAAUCUUUGUUUGUUAUACAUGCAAAUUGUAAAAUAACAUAAAUUAUCUUAUUGAAUGUAUCUUGUGUGUUGUGUGUUAUUUAAAAGCUCACGUUUAACUUUCUGUAAAAGGUGGUGUGUUUGUGUAUGUUGUGUUUUUUAACACUAGAACCGCAGUUAUGAAAAAUGAAUUUUAAGUUUUAUGGGAAUAGUGAGAUUAAAUUUAGGGAGUUUGUUACUCUACAGGUAGAAAUGUUCAAAUUCAGCAAUGUUCAAAUUUAUUUAAGGAUAUUCUAUAAUCACUUUAUACUGUAUAUUCCAGAAAACCACAUUUUCUGAUAGAUACGCUAUAUGGCUAAAAGUAUGUGCACCCCUUCUAGUGAUGGAUCGAGUUCAGGUGUUUUAGCCACGCCCCGUUGCAAACAGGUGAAUAAAAUCAAGCACUU